AUGUCUGUCGGAAUAAGACAUCGUCAAGGAGGCAUCACUCUAGGAAUGCUCAGAGGUAAGACAAAGAUGAAUAAGAAUUCCCUCCUGUCUGCCUUCAAUCUUCCAGAGCUACAGAAGCAGUCUGAAGCUCUCAAUGCAUUUAAGAAUUGCGUAAAGACCAUCUUCACUCACGAAGUUUUACCUAAUCUGGAAGCUUUUACUCAGGAAUACAAGAAUGAGAAGUGUAUCAGAAGAACUCUUGCUGAUGGGCUCGACUUUUAUUACGACCAGUUCAAGAUAAAGAUUAAAAAUGAGUAUGCAAUUGAGUUUCAGCGUAUAAUAGCAGAAGAAAAAUGGUUUGAGCUUGAUCCAGCUAACAUAAACAGAUCUACUGAUACAAGAAUUCUACACAUCUUCAAAGCUGCAACAGAUUAUGCCUUCAAAGUGUACAAUCUGCAUCAUGUGUUCUUGGCUAGCCUGACUAAGAAAUUUGAAUUCAUAGGGGAUCAAAUUGAAAAGUUGAAUAUUUUCUUCAAGCACAAAAUGUUUCUCUACUCAGACAUCAAAUUCCCAGAAAUUUGUUUGAGAUAUUUCACUUUGGAGUACUACUCCUACGAGACGUUCAUCAGGUCUGCUCCAAGAGAUGUUGAGAUGGCGAUUGAUGAUCAGCUCGAGCAGAAAUUUAAGAUGAAAUCAAUGAAACCUCCUCUACUAAAAGCUACAUCAAGUGAAUACCUUGAUUUUGAUAGGCCAAAGAAAGGAGUCCAGAUAAAUAAAUAUGCUCAUAUUCAUACAGUGAGUCAAAUUUCAGAUAACCUCAUUGAUAUGGGAUGGUCGAGCUACAUUGAAGAAGCCUGCAACAGAGUCUUGUAUUCUCUCAUUGACAAGAAGAUCAUCAAACACGAGCAUGAGACUAACAAGCCAAUCCUUGAUAAAAUUCAUGAAUGGUUCCAAAACAUUGUAGUAAAAUGGCUUGAAAGAAUUUUACAAAGAGAAAGUGAUGCUUCGUGAAGAAGAACUCUAUCUUACUCAAACCUGAUGAUCCUUGACCAAUGGAAACUCAAACUAGAAAACUACCUGAAUGAUAGGUUUGCCAGAAUGAGAUAUUCCAAGUUGUUUGAUCUCAAAAAUAUGGACAAAUACAAGCAUAGUCUCACCGAUCUGAAGAAGGUUCUUGCAAAAACAGAUAUCCUUCAGGAAUUCUCUUAUAAGCUCAAGGAAGAUUUAUGUCAGAGUAUUCUGAUUCCAGGUGUACCAACAACUACAAUUAUCAAACAGUACAUUAAGACAAUCAGAGUCCUUAGAAUCCUCGAUCCUAGUGCUGCUUGUCUUGAGAUUGUCUCAGAGCCUAUCAAAGAAUAUCUCAGAAGAAGGAAAGAUACUCUCAAAUGUAUCAUUGAUAUUGUAAUCAAUCAGGAAGAUUCUGAGUUAUACAAAGAACUUGGCCAACAAUAUGUCAAAAUCCCUCUCAAGACUGAAGAAGAAGAGGCUAAAAAGCCUGCUCCUCAUCUAAGAAAUCCCCAUUUGAAGAAGGAGACUAAAGACAAGAACAAUGAUAUGAAUAUCCUUAGUGAAGAAAAGGACGAUUAUUACUAUAUUUCUUCUGAUGAAGAUGAAGAGGCUGCUAGAAACUGGAAGCCAGCUCCCAUCAAUGCUAAGAUGAAUAGAUAUAUUUCUACCAAGUUCCUUAAAAGUGAUAUUAUUAGUACUCUGGUUAAUAUUUAUGGCAGUCAGAAGCAAUUCCUGACUGAAUACAGAAAUAUGCUCUCCGAAAGAGUCCUAAACUCUAGAGAUUUUAAUCUUGAUAAUGAAAGACAGAAUAAAGAGCUCCUAGAGAUGAGAUUCGGAAAAGCAAGCGUAGGUGACCUUGAAGUUAUGAUCAGAGAUCUCCAAAAUUCUGAAAGAAGAAUCAGGAAAUACGCUGAAGAAUUGAAUAGAGAUAAAGAAAACAAAUUCUCAAAUGAUAAUAUUCUUGACGUAAACAAUAUGAAUGUGAUCACCAUUUCCAAAGAAUAUUGGGACAUUGAGGAAGAUGCAUCACAGUUCAAGUUCCCAUACACCGUUGAGGAUCCAUUUAACUCGUAUGCAAAGAAGUAUACUGAACUUCAUAAGCUAAGUGAGCUUCAUUAUCUGUCAAACCUUGGUAAUGUAGAACUGACUUUGACUUUUGACAACGGUUCUUUCAAGUUCAAUGUCAGUCCGAUCCAAGCUGCCAUAAUUUCACUCUUCGAUGAAAAUGAGAAUGAAAUCACUGAAGAAUACAUUGCUGAAAAACUUUCCAUUGCCCAAUCAGAUGUAAAAGAGCACACUGAAUACUGGGUGAACAAAGGAGUACUGAUAGAAGGCAGCAGGUACUCUAGAAUAGCGGAGUCAAUCAGAAAGGGAACUCCUGGUGGGGACAAAUCAGGAAUUGCCACAUUUUACUACACUCCAAAAGUCCUUAAAGAAGACGGAGCUUAAAUAUUCAUCUGCAUGCAAUCUAA